GCGGUUUAAAUGACGCGCAGUUCCUCAAAUGAUAAGAGGAAAGAAAAUAAAAAUAAAAAUAAAAGUCGCGCCGCGGAUCCGAGUAGGUGACCCGUCCGUCCAGAGUGUCCGCGCAGCGCUUUGGAGGAUUUAGUGAAUGUCACUUUAAGAUCCUGACUUCACUACACUCAACUCACUGAAAAAGACAGCCAUGUUCUUCAUUGGGUCUUUGUUUCUUAUGCUUUGGCUCUCUCAAGGUGUGUUCUGUGAAGUUGGCUAUAAACUCACCGUGCCUCAGAAAGUAAAAGCUAACCGCGGCUCCUGUCUGUUGAUUCCAUGUCAAUUCACGUCUGUUAGGCCAGUGGGGUCUUCACCUGUUGGUGUCUGGAAGGUUGGUUCAAAGACUGGCACAAAGGUUUCAAGCAAUAACCAAUCACUAGACAUAUGGAAGAACCUCAAUGUUUACUUGGUUGGUGACUUAAAAGUAAAGAACUGUACAACCUUAUUAUACGGAAUCCAACCUAAUCAUGCAAAGAAGUAUUACUUCAGAGAAGAAACCAUUACAUAUAACUUUGAUGAUUUUGUUGAAAUUACAAUUCAGGACUCUCUAGACUUGCCAGUGAUCAACACACCAGCUCAGAUGAUGGAGGGCACACUCGUAACUCUCAACUGCUCUGCUCCGGCUCCUUGUGCCGACGAGAAUCCCUCCAUCCAGUGGGACAACCUUCUGAAUGGGACUGCGAAUCAAAGCGAGACCACCAGGGCUGAUGGCAACAAGGCCAUGCUGUCCAUCCUGACUUUCACAGCCUCCUUUCUGCACAACAAGAAGACCCUCACCUGCACAGCUCAGUACACCGUGGGGUCUGUGAACAAAACAACAAAGAGGACCACAACCCUUAAUGUCCUCUAUGCACCUAAGAAGACCUCAGCUUCAAGUCAAGCUGGUGGAGUUUUAGAAGGUCAGCCUGCGACUCUGACCUGCAGCUCAGAAGCAAACCCAGCGGUGUUCCAGUACACCUGGUUCAGAGGGAAUGAAGAGACCCCGAUAGACACAGGACCAACUCUGACCUUCAGACAAGUGACGAUCAGUCAGGCCGGAGUGUAUUACUGUCAGGCAAGAAACACACAUGGAGCAGAGACGUCACCGCCUGUGACACUGGACGUGCUGUAUCGUCCAAGAAACACAUCUGCCGUCACAAAUGUUCAUGGAGUGAUAUCAGCAGGCACGACUGUGACACUGAGGUGCACCUCCAAGGCCAACCCGCCCGCCAAUUACAUCUGGUUUAAGGUAGACGGACCCUCAGAUUUACUCCGAGGAUUCGGAGAGGAGCUGCUCCUCUGUAAAGCUACGCAGAACGACAACGGGAGAUACGUCUGUCAGGCAGAGAAUCAGUUUGGACGAGAAAACUCGACAGCUUUGAGUCUGGAGGUCAUGCCUAAAAAAGAGAACUUCAACGUCACCACAAUUGCUGUUUCGAUUUCAUCAGGGGUCCUGGUAGUCUUGAUGGUGUUGUGUCUGCUUGUGUAUCUACAAAAAAAAAGGAAGAUGAAAAUGGAGAACGGAAAAGAAACACAGAGCUCUGAGGGGACCGACGUGAAGAAGCCUGAGACGGACACAACGAGUGAAGAUGACGGCAUGGCUCUCUACUCCAAUAACCUGGUCUUUAACUGCGUUACAAACAAACGUGAUAACUGCAAAGAAGUAAAGAAAGACAAUCAUCUGUAUGACAACAGACUGACUUAUGCUGAUCCUCAAAAAAGGAAAACCCAAACUACGGCCGAUCAAGGCAACAUGGCACUAUACUUCAAUAACUGUUCCAUCAAUGAAAACCUUGAGGAAAUCCAGGACUAUGAUGAAGGAUUUGUAGAUAAUGUCACGUAUGAGUUUUGUGAAUUUCCAAAGGGAAAAUCCCAAAGCGAAGAUGAAGAACUCCAAUAUGCUUCGGUCAGUUUCUUCAAAUUCAAAAAUGGGCAGCAGGAAGACGGUGAGAUGGCGAAGGACAACUCCCCGGAUGUCACUGUGUACGAUGUCCUCCCGUGUAAGGAGGCCGAGCACUCACCCGCUCCGGAGGACACCUGUCUGUACGCAGAGGUUAAAAAGAAAGUGAGCAGCAGCAGCAGCAGCGCGACACACUGAGGAGGAGCACACAAAGGGAAUGGACUUGGGCUUCGCUGCUUCUGCUUAUUCUCACGUUUCUCCUCUGCGCCACAUCUCAGGACCCUCAAUUAUGAGAGCAAAGGGGGCAAAACGCAACCACAACCUAACUCUAAAUGGCAGCACUGACACAUCCAGAUGAGAGAGCCCAGCUGUUAGACUGGAGGCAUCAUAAACUGUGAGCAAAUCAAGUCCAAGAGCAGCCCUUCAACUGAUACGAAAUUCACCGAUCCCAUCAAGGGUGCUGCUCAACAGGAACCUGAUCAGGUAACGACAACUGUAAAAUUGAUCAGAUAUUAAUAAUUAUGAAAUACCAGUAGAGGGGCCUUUCACACUCACCUUCAACAUGGAAGUGUACCGUAGGCCACCCAACUGAGUGGACACCAUGGAGGAUUAGCUAGGACAGUUACACAGCCACUGGUUCACAGUUUCCAUACUCUUCACAUUUCCAAGCCUCGUCCAUCCAGUGGUGUAUGAAGGAAGGGCCCUGGUGUGAAAGAAUAAAUUGGGUUUCUCUUGUGUGAAAUGAAAUUCAAACCAACUAACGGAUGAGCAACAUCAAAGUGAUACGUCAGCAUAUAAGAGCCAUAGAAGUCCAAAAGUCAGAAUUUCGCUUAAUGGAUUUAUGGGAAUGAAAACACUAGGGACCUUUUCACUCCAGCCCUAUUCCUAGUAGACCAUCACCUUAAUGAGGACCUGCCCCAGAGUGCUCUGGACCUCCAACUGGACCACAGGCUCACCUUCCAACAGGACCAAGCAAAGUCAACACAGGAGUGGCUGUGGUCAG